ACCACUUCUCUGGACACGUGGUUCUUAUUCUGUAAUGUAAACAGAAGUCGCUAUUGACACUAUGAGACACUAAAUUUUUAUAUCUGGGUUAGUGUGCGACCGACAAACCAACAAAAUGCCUAAGAGCGCAGCUUUUGUUAUGUCGAGGGUCAAGGCCUCGAAGACCUCCACAGUUCAAAAAAGCGAAGUUGUAAAACCCGCAAUAACGGAUAAUGCGAAGCGAGAAACAUCACAUAGAAGCAAUGGGCACAGAAGACGAAGACACGGAAAAGAGAAAUCGAAGGGAAGCGGAGGGAGUCUGCUGCGAGCAGCAAAAAGUGGAAAUGCAGAAAGAUUGAUUGUACUAUUGGAUGAAGAGAAAAUAGACAUCAACACAUCUAAUUCAAGCGGCUUGAAUUGUUUACAUUUGGCGGCAAAAGAAGGUCACACACAGGUUGUGAAAGAAUUGAUUAAAAGGAAUAUUUCAAUUAACCAAGCAACAAAGAGAGGAAACACAGCUCUUCACAUUGCAUCCUUGGCUGGUAAACUUGAUGUCAUCAAAGUGUUAAUUGAGAACAAAGCAGAUCCUAAUUCAAUAGCACAGAAUGCUUUUACACCAAUAUAUAUGGCUGCCCAAGAGGGUCAUAGUGAGAUUGUGGAUUAUUUACUGAAAAAUGGAGCAAAUCAAAGCAUUUCAACAGAGGAUGGUUUCACACCUCUUGCCGUUGCUUUACAAGAAGGAAAAGAUAAAGUUGUUGCACUUCUUCUUGACAAUGAUGUCAAAGGUCGUGUAAAAUUGCCGGCACUGCACAUUGCGGCACGUAAAGAUGAUGUAAAAGCUGCAGCUUUGUUGCUCCAAAAUGAUCAUUCAGCUGAUGUCAAAUCUAAGUGGAUUGUAAAUCGAGCAACUGAGAGUGGAUUUACGGCUCUCCAUAUCGCGGCACAUUAUGGAAAUGUCAGUGUUGCAUCAUUGUUGCUGAACAGAGGAGCAUCACAUGAUUUUACAGCAAGGAAUGGAAUCACACCAUUGCAUGUUUCUGCUAAACGUGGUCACACACGUUUUUGUUCUCUGCUCUUGGAUAGAGAUGCUAAUAUGGAUGCUCGUACCAAAGAUGGUUUAUCUCCGUUGCACUGUGCUGCAAGAUCAGGACAUAAACCAGUGGUACAACUGCUUCUGGAUAGAAUGAAAAGCUCGGAAAUACCUAGAACGAAAAAUGGGUUAUCUGCGCUACACAUGGCAACACAAGGUGGCCACGUUGAUGUUGUAAAACUUUUAAUUGAAAAGAAUUAUCCCGUUGAUGACACAACAUUGGACUAUCUAACAUCACUUCAUAUCGCGGCUCAUUGCGGACAUGAAAAGGUUGCAAAGCUUCUUCUGUCCAAGCAUGCAAAAGUUGAUGGGAAAGCACUGAAUGGAUUCACUCCGCUUCAUGUGGCAUGUAAGAAAAAUCAAUUCCGAAUUAUAACUAUAUUAUUAAACCAUGGAGCAAAUACAGAAGCAACGACAGAGUCUGGACUGACUCCACUACAUGUUGCUUGCUUCAUGGGACAUUAUGAAAUUGUCAAAAUACUGUUAGAAAAGGGGGCUCUACUGGAUACAGUCAAUAAUAGAGGAGAAACUGCACUUCACAUGGCUACACGUUCAGGACAGGAAGCUACAGUCAAAUACCUUCUCGAUCAUGGUGCUCAUCCUGACACUAGAAAAAAGGAAUCUCAAACUGCACUUCAUCUUGCUGCAAGAUUGGAUAGAGUUGCUAUUGUUAAAAUUUUAAUACAGCAUUCUGCUGUUGUGGAUGAAGUAAUGCGGGAUGGUUACACUCCAUUACACAUCGCAUCUAAAGAAGGUCAUGUAGAAGUUUGUGAAAUUUUGAUUGAAAAAGGUGCUGCUGUAUCUUUGGCCACAAAGAAAGGAUUUACACCUCUUCAUUUGGCUGCAAAGUAUGGACGACUAGAGGUUACGAAUCUACUAUUGAAAAAGUCUGCUUCUCCCAAUUCUGCAGGAAAGAAUGGACUGACACCCCUACAUGUUGCCGCACACUUUGAUAACCAAAAUGUUGCUUUGUUACUGCUAAAGUCUGGUGCUUCUCCACAGUCACCAGCUAAGAAUGCCUACACUGCUCUUCAUAUUGCUGCCAGAAAGAAUCAAAUCGAUAUUGCAGUCACAUUGUUAGAGUAUGGAGCUUCUACUAAAUGUAAAACACGCAUGGGUGCAAGUCCUCUACAUUUGGCUGCACAAGCAGGACACACAGAUAUGUGCAGCCUUCUCCUGGCAAAGGAUGCGAAUGUUAAUGGAACGGCGAAGCAUGGUUUGACUCCAAUGCAUUUAGCUGCCGAAGAAGACAAAGUAUCUGUAGCUAAAGUUCUUUAUGACAAUAGAUCACUUGUCGAUCCAUUAACUAAAGGAGGUUACACUCCUCUUCAUGUUGCUUGUCAUCAUGGAAAUAUCAACAUGGUGAAAUAUCUGGUUUCUCUGGGAGCAAAAGUCAAUGCUAAGACAAAGAAUGGAUACACUGCCCUUCAUCUUGCUGCUCAACAAGGUCACACUCAAAUUGUUGAUCUUCUUCUGAAGUUUGGUGCAUCACCAAAUGAGCUAACAAAUAAUGGAAACACAGCUCUCUCACUUGCGAAACGUCUUGGGUACAUUACUUGUGUUGACACCUUGACAACUGUCACUACUGAAAUCAUAGAAAGUUCUGUGGAAGAAAAGCACAAAAUGAAUGUUCCAGAAACAUUUGAAGAGGGAUUUAUGUCUGAUGCUUCAGAUGAUGAAGAAGAUGAAAUGGCUGGUGAAGGUGAAUAUCUAACUGGACAUGAACUUGAAGAAUUAGGUGAUGACAGUAUUGUAGCUUCUGAUGUUGGAAUGCUGAUGACUUCGAGGUUAUCAUCAACGUUGGAAUCUACAACAACAACAACAUCCAUAACAACAACGGAAAAAAGAAUGUCAUGGAAUUCAUCAGUAAGCGAGAGUGAUAAUAUAAUCUCUAAAGAUCGAAGAACCAGCGGAUUUCUCGUAUCAUUUAUGGUUGAUGCUCGUGGAGGUACAAUGAGAGGAUCACGACAUCCAGAUUUACACGUUGUUGUCCCACCAAAAGCUUGCGCUUCUCCCACACGUGUCACAUGCCGAUUGGCUCGCCGACACCAACUACGGCAAUCAUCUUUUGGUGCAGUUCCUCCUGGUGGCCUACCAUUAUUUGAAGAUGAAGGGAAAGCUGCCGAAGUCUUGGAACUAGGAGGCAAAGGAACAAGCUUUUUAGACAAGCUACAUGUACCCUCCAACCUUCCCAUUUUCAAUGAAGGAGAGUCACCUGCUUCAAAAGUAUUACAGAUGGGUCCUAAAAACACUAAGUUUUAUGGACCUGUUGCAAUUGAAAUACCCCAUUUCGCCAAUUUACAUGGAAAAGAAAGAGAAAUUAUGGUAAUACGAUCUGAUGAUGGUGAAACAUGGAGAGAACAUCGACAAGCUUGUUCUGACAAAGAAUUUUUACAACAAGUCAAAGGAAUAGAUCUUGAAACAUCUGAGGAAUUGAUGCAACGAAGGGUGAUUCGUGUCAUCACAAAAGAUUUUCCUUGGUAUUUUGCAUUGUAUUCAAGGACUAGAGAAGAAGUGUGUCAAGUUGGACCUCUGGGUGGAGUUCUGGAAUCUAAUAUUAUCAGUCAUGCUUCUGCAACUUUUCCUAAAGAUGCUUUAACAAAAGAAAUCAAAGUUGGAAUUCAGGUACUUCCUAUCUCAUCUGAAAUUUGUAAAAGAACAGUUGGAACAAAAGCGAAAGCAAGUCCUAUCGUUACUGUUGAACCACGAAGAAGAAAAUUUCAUAGACCCAUCACACUUGCUAUUCCAUUACCGGAGGGUGGCAAAAUGAAAGACUACUUAAGCACAAGUGAAGCUUCGACAUUGAGACUCUUGUGUAGCAUAUCCGGUGGAACAGAUCCUGCACAAUGGGAAGAUAUAACUGGUUCAACGCCAUUAAAUUUCCAUGAACAAUAUGUUUCAUUUACAACCACUGUAUCUGCAAAAUUUUGGCUAAUAGAUUGCCCGGUGUCAGCUGAUUCAAUAGCACUUGCUGAAAAAAUCUACUCGGAAGCAACACUUGUUCCUUAUUUGGCAAAAUUUGUUGUUCUCGCUAAAACUACAGAUGUUUCAAAUGCAAAAUUACGAGUAUUUUGUUUAACGGAUGAUAGAUAUGAAAGAACACUUGAAAAUCAAGAACAUUUCAUUGAAGUUGCAAGAAGUCGAGAUAUUGAAGUUUUAAAUUCAUCUUCCAUGUAUGCGGAAUGUUCAGGAAAUUUAAUGAUAGAAAAACAAUCACAACCAACAUGUACAUUUGUUCCGUUUCAAGAAAAUAGACUACAUUUUUAUGUGAAGGUUAGAGACAUGACACAAGAGCCAUGUGGACGCCUCUCAUUUUUCCGAAAUGUCAAAGGUGCGAAAGUUCAUGGAGCCAGAAAACCGUUAUGCAGUUUAAAUAUACGAUUGCCUCCAUAUGUAAAGGAUUGGGAUUCUGAUGAGGAUUUAUAUAAGACUGAUACAGUGGUUAAUGACAAAGAACCAGAAUCGACUUCACAACUUUCUGUUACUCAAGCAAGAGAUCGAUAUUAUCUUGUGGAUCCUUCAUCAGUCGAUGAAACAUUUAUCAAUGAAGAUGCCAGUCCAGAAGAAAUUGCAAAAGAUGUUGCUGAAGUCAUGCAGAAAUUGAGCGAAGUAAAACAACUUUUGGAUCCUUCACACAAAUCUAGUUUUACAACAGUCCAAACAAACGAUAAAUCCCACACAGAUAUAUCUAAAUCUCCAAGCAUGGAAGAAACAUCCCAAGUUGUAACAGAAAUGAAAAAUAAUCUUUUCGUCGUUGAAAAAAUACUGAGAAAUAAGCAAGAAAAAGAUACAACAACCAAACAAAUACAAAAUGACAAAAACGAGUCUUCUUCUUCUAUGAAAUCUCUACAUGGAGAGACUACUAUUGAACCCGUUUUACCCCGCAGGAGUGAUUCUGGUUAUCAAGGUGUUGAAGGAGCUACUCCCAUAGACCAUAAUGUUACUGUUAGAGAUAUUACUAAUGCUUUCACAAAUCUAACUGAAGAAAUUGAUUAUCAUAUCAGAAAACCAAUCUAUGAACCAAUUGAAGAUUCUUAUCAGUUACAUUCAAGUAAAUUAAAUAAAACCGUUGCACGAGAUCAUAUUUCUGGAUUUUUAUCGAAAGAUCUUGAUUGUGUAGAAACUACAAUGAAACAUCAAAACAACAGUACUGUUAAUCGGGGAGAAAUAUGCAACGAAUAUGUAGACUCUGAAGACAAUAGUCCAAAGAAAGCCCACAUUGUCAACCAAGCUGAUAUUGAUGCACUUGCGGAAUUUCUAGCUAAUGAUUCUGCUUAUAGCAGUCCCGCAGAACCUUCCGCUAUUGAAGAUUUGACAGAUAUAAAACAGAUUGAAAAUACUGUUACGUCAACGAAUCCUUUUUCAAGUGAUUUUAAUUCGAAAAAUGUGAGAUUUAAUGAAAAAAUCACAGUUGUUCAUGGUGCAUCUUCUCAUAAAAUAAAAAUGGAACCAGUGUUUGGCAAAGAUUCGAGUAGCGGACAGUCUGUACUCCAAAGAAUCAAAGCGUUUGAGGAUGCAAGACAUAAUUUGGAAGAAGAAGUCGAACAUUUUCGGAAGAUAACAUCGCUUGAAUCAGAAAUGAUUCACCAAAAAGCACGUCUUCAUGCUGUCACUCAAAAAGAUCAUCCACCUAUCAGUGAUUAUCAAUUAAAAAAUAAUGAACCACGAAAGCAGGAAUUUCAAGGAAAGGAAAAAACCUCACCUGGUGUUGUUGAGGAAACACAUUCAGUUGGAGAAUUGCUUCGUACAUGGGAGUCAUCACCAGAGAAAUCAACCAGACUUAGUUGUUCUACAAGUAGUGGUAGUUUAUCAUCUCCUAUGAAAUUUAGUUCACCUAAUGUUAUUUUUAAACCUUCUCAAUCUGGAGUGAGAGAAUCCAUUGAAUACUCUCAAACGCAACAAAAGAUUGAAUCAUUUGAAAAUGCUAUUUAUGAUGAUGACAAAAGUGCUGUAUCAGAUCAUCCAUUUUCUGAAUCUCAUACGAAAUCAAGAGAAACAAUGUCAUCAUGUUUUAUGGUUUCUGAUCUGUCAACAGAGAGAGAAGUGUUGCAUCAUGACCACAGUUCUGAUGAAGAAGAUUUUCAUUAUAACGAGAUUGCUUCCAACUUUCAUCAAUCUGAAAACAUGGAACAACAAAAUGCAUGUUCCACAGCUUUGUUACUGAAUGACCAGGGAGAUUUUGUAUACAGCAAGGAGGAUAGUGCUGUACUUGAUAAAUAUGAAACAAAACACCAUGACAAAAUCCCAUCAGCUCCUGAUUAUUAUGAAGAAAUUAUAAAAUCAGAUGAGGAUAGGGCUGUAUUUGAUAAAUAUGGAACAAAACAGCAUGACAAAAUUCCAUCAGCUCCUGAUUAUUACGAAGAAAUUUUAAAAUCAGACGACGAAAAAAUAAACACACAUUCUAAUUUUUCUCAACAAGAAAAAAAUCGUCUUGUUGUCAAAGAUGAAAUUCCACCUUUGUUAAAAUUUUCAAGCUCUGAAGAAUUUUAUCAUGAUCCAAGUUCUCAUGACAUUGUUUCAUCGUAUGAAACUGUGAGAGAAAAUAAAACAACUCAACCUGAUGUUUGGUAUUCAUCAUCUACUAUUCAGCAACAAACAAGUUUGUAUCAUGAAGAUGAGCAAUGUGAAAGUUCACAAUCACCCCAAAUAUUGACACCACAAACUGAGGAGCAAAGUGAAUUUACUAAUCGAGAAUAUACCCAUGACACUGAGCAACGCAAACUGGAAUUGGAUCAAAGAAAUGAGAUGAAAAUAUCUUCACAAUCAACGAUGAAAUUUAAUCUGGUAGAAAGCAAUAUUGAUGAUGGCAGGCAAAGUAAUGCUUUCGAUGUUGAUUCUCAAAUGGAAGAAAGUCGGAAUGAAUUAGAGAAUAAGACUUCUGAUGUUGAUUAUCAUAUGAAAGAAAGUCGGAAUGAAUUAGAGAAUAAGACUUCUGAUGUUGAUUAUCAUAUGAAAGAAAGUCGAAGUGAAUUCGAGAAUAAGACUUGUGAUCUUGAUUCUCAAAUGGAAAAAAGUGGAAAUGAGUUUGAGAAUAAGACUUCACCCAAUGUAAAAAUUCAUGAGGAUGAAGUUUGUAUGUUUUCUGAAACAGACACGGAAAGUGAUGAUGACACCACAGAUGAUGAUACUGAUUCCGAUACAAAUAAGCAAUCAGGAGUGAUUUCUGUUGAUGCUGAAUAUUCUGAUCGUCAACAGCAUCCAAUUGCAUCAGAAAAUAAAGUAGAACAAUCUACCAUUUGGAAUAGUAGCCUGUUUGAAAUCACUUCAAAAGAUGAUAGAUCAUCCCAUAUUGAAGAUAAAUUACUGCAUGAAAAGCAUGGCAAAGAAAAGGAUGAAAUAUUGGAAGCUUCCGAAAGUGAACCAUGUGUAGUGGAAUCUGUUUUAAAUGAUGACGAUUUGCCAGAAAUAACUUAUGAGAAAUUAUCGCAGCAGAAAACAUUCGCGAAUUCAGACUAUAAAUUUGUAGAUACCAGACCUGAAUCAGAGGAGCUUCAUUCACAGGGAGAUAGAACAAUGAUAACAAGUUCCAAUCAACAGAUUGAUGAUCAAUCACAACAAGGAAUUCGUUCCAUAUUUGAACAUAAUUCUGAGCAAGUUUUCGAACAUGAGGAUUCAAGCUUUGACCAAAUUCAUCAUGAUGUCAAUUUUGGGAACUUUCAAUUGAGAAGUGAGGAGAAACUGAAUCAGCAAGCUGCAUCAGAUGACGUCAAACCACAAGAAGAUGAACUACAUGGACAUACUUAUGAUAUUCAUUCAGUUGAGACCAACGAUAUUGGUGAUGACAUGUCGAAUGUGACAGACUUUGAAACGAUGCAAAAUGUAGAUAUUUUGUCUCAUUCAUUACAUGCACAUGAUGAAUCUGAUUACACAAGAAAAGAAGUUACUGAAAGAUCAAGAUCAGAAUAUUCUACCCUACAGUCAAGUGAUUUUUCAGAAUUGAAAGAUAAGAGUGAAGCAAAGGAAGACAAUGACGCAAUGAUAUCAAGUGAAUUGGUUGACAAUGAUCGUUAUAGCGAUACUGAAGUUAUGUCAAGUUCAAGCACAAUGCAGUAUCUCAAGAAAAGCAUGGUGAUUCCUCAAAUCUCACAGAAACGAAUCAAAGUAUUUGGAUUCAAAAUGCAAACAACCAAUUUGUGGAUAGUGAUUUUGAGAAAAAAUGAUAUUGCUGCUUGGAAUGAUGGCAACAAUACUACUGACCAAUAUUAUGGUGAAGUAAAGUACUCUGCAAACAGACAGCUGAAUAUUGAACAGGAUGAACCUGAAAACAUUGAAUAUUUGCAUGCCCAAGAUUUUGAUGAAAUGGAUGAUAAUUGCUCAGAUACAACUUUGACCGCAGAUGUCAAAGAUUUAAUGGAGUGUCACGCUUUGGCAAAUGAGUCUCAUCCCAUAGGAACAUACUCAGAGUAUGACACAUAUACUUUUGAACAAAAAAAUGUAUCGUAUGAAACACAGGAGGAAAGUUGUGGAUUUUCAAGUAACAUGAAAGUAGAAGAAGUUGCAGAUGAUAAUAUGCAAAUGUACGCAAAAAAUAUAUAUUGCAAACAGGAAGAGAAUGAAGAUUAUAAUUUUGAACAUCUAAACCAAUAUAAAGUCGCAAAGGAGUUGACUGAAGAUGCCAUUUCAUCAAGUGAAUUCGAUUUUGCAUUAGAAGUGAAACAUCAACAAGAACUUGAAGAUUUAGCUGGAAAAGUAACUUCUGAUGUUUUGUCAUCUGCUGUCGCAAAACAUGCUUUAUUAUCUUCGUCUGAUGAUGACAAUGAUGAUAGCAGCUCUGAUGAUUGUUCUGAAGAUGAAUUGUUCAUCAAACACAAAACAGUAUCACAUGUUAUCAUGAAUUCACAUUGUGACACAACGGACGUAAGUUCAAAUUCAGAAGAACAAAAAAUGAUUGCUCCACAUUCAUCUUUUGACAACAGUUAUGAUGCAUUGUGGCAAAGUGCUGAAUUCAAUAAAGAUAGAAGAAACAGUGACAAAAGAAUUUCUAUGUCAUCCAUGGAUGAACAAUUGAGUAAUAUAUUCGGAAAAAAUCGAAUUAUUGACAGUGAAAAAACUGAACACACUUCAAUUGAAAAUACUUUUACAUCUCCACCUUUUUUACAUACUUCUGCAAUGCGAGAUGAAGAUUUUCAGAAGUUAGAAACUUCCGUUCAGCAAGUAUUUGAUGCCAAAAGUACGGUGAAUAUCUCAGAACCAGCGAGCGUAUUCAAUCCUGAUUCUUACUCACAGAUAACAACAGACAAACACAGUUAUUCAUUGCCAGAAGUGCAAGAAGAAGAAGAAUUGAGUGUUCAAGAACCAACGUCUAAAGAUUUCCAUUUUGGUGGUAAUAGUACUUCAGUAUUGCAACACAAUGAGCCAAUCUCAGAACAUUUACCAAUGUCUUACAAACUCAAAGCUGAAGAAGCUGUGUGUUCUUCAACAAAACAAAGUGACUACACAUUUUUUGAAGAAUCUGCACAUGAAUGGGAUACAGGUGAUGCAGUAGAAUACAGACAUUUUGAUAGCAGUACUGCCACUAUUGGAAUGAAAGAACAUCAUGUAGAGACAAACAUUGGUGAGUAUCAUAAAAUAUAUGCUGAGGAAAAUGCUGGAACAAGUUCACAAGGAAAAUUUUGUGAUGAUUCAUUUGACAGUGAUGCAAAUCAAGGGUAUGCUAAAAUCUCACCAAUGGAAAUGGAAAAUCGUGUUUUCCAAAAUGUUGGAGGUGAGGAGAUAAAUGUUGCUGAAAGAUCAAUAAAUCUGACGAAAUUUGCUGAAACAAAUGCGCGUAGCCUGGAUAAAGCAUUAAGUUUUGAUGAGGAUGAUGAAUCAGAUACGUAUUCCACGUCUUCAUCAACUUCUGGAAGUUACGUGAAUGAUGAUGAUUCAAUCAUAUUUCAGGAAUUGGUGGAAAACAAGUUUUCAGAAGAUAGAGCGGAAAUAGGAGAAGAUUCAUCAGAUGGAUUUGAUAAUUACUCAAAAAGAGAAGAAAAGGAUCAUGUUUUCAUCAAUUCCGGUGCAUCAAAUGAACCAUUCACAAUUUCCACUCAUGCUCAGAGAAAUGAUAAUGAAAAGAGAGAUAAUGAAAAUAUUGAUGCUAGUUUAUUUGGGCUCAAUGGAGAUCAGAAAGUGUGUGAUACAGAAAAGAUAUUCACCCAUGAAGAAAACAUUGCUUCUGAUAUGUAUGAAAAUAAAACAUUCUGUGAAUCCAAAGGAGGCUUCAAUUCCCAAGAACAAUUGGAUGCUGAUACGGAUUUCAAAAAUCAGACAAACUAUGAGAUUGAAGAGGCUGAGAUUGAUUAUCAACUAAGUUUUAAUGCUGAUGUACAGGAUUAUUGUUCUAAUCAAAAAGUCCACGAUACUGCAGGAGUCUUUGGUUAUGAGGACAAAGAAUUGUUUCAAUCAUCUUCAGAAACAGUAAUUGUAAAUAUGAAAACUGAAAAAGAUUUUGAAAAUUUACAAGGAUAUGGAAGUGAUGCAACAGAAGUGAAUACAGAUUCAUUGUGUACUGUUAUUUAUGCUGAAGACUAUAAAACUGGGACGCGCAUUGAUGUGACGUCAGGAAAUUCUGAGUAUUCAUUUUUACAUCCGCAAUUAGAAACACAAGAAAUGAGACCAUUAUCACCAAUUCCUCCAAAAGAAUGUGAAUCACCAUCGGAAGAUAUGAGAAAUGAUUAUGAACGUAUUACUUCUGAGGAAAUCGAUAUAAAUCACGGAAAUAACAUUUCAGAUGCAUUACAAUUGCAUUUUGCUCAAUGUAUUGAUAUGAACUCAGUGUAUGAAUCUGCUAGACCAUUAGCUCAAGAAAGAUUUUCCGUUGCUGAAGAUUAUAUGAAUAUAUCGGAUGAUUCUAUGAACGAUGUGGGCACGUCUGAUCAACAUAAAAAGGAGAAAAUUCGAAAAGUACCCUCUCCUAUGAGAAGCAAGAUUCCUGUAGCACUCCCUCAUACACUCCCUCGAACACAAAAAGUGAAAAGUCGAGAAGAUAAAUUAUCUGAUGAGGGUGGAAGUGAAAAGGAAAAUUCAAAAAAGUCAAGCAUCAGUAAAGGUUCUAGAAUACCAGUAAGAAGAAGUGUUAGUCAACCCAUCAAUGUACAGAAAGUAAAAAAGAGUACGAAGUCAAAAACAAGUGAAAAAAAUAGAAAAACAAAACAAAGAUUGCCGUCACUGUCUCGUUCUUCAUCAGGCGGAUCUAUUUCCAGAAAAAGUCCUUCUCCAAACAGCAAUCGACUCUGGUUUUCACCUGACCCCACUUCAUCGACUUCUUCUGGUGAAAAAUACAUAGCGCUACGAAGUGGAGUAUAUACUUACAAAGGAAGUCCUGAAGAACAAAAAAAUCAGAUCAGAUCAAAUUCGAGAGAACAUAUAUCAGCAUCACAAGAAUCUUUGCGAAGUGAUGCACAAUCUUCACCUAGAGAUUCUGUCGCUUCUGUAGUGUUCAAUUCAAACCUUUCAUCCCCUUCUGAUUUUGUCCUGAAAGAGACUGGGACACGUCAGGGCUAUUCGAACAGUCCUUUUGCAUUGCAUGUUCAAUCACCAAUAAAUGUCACACAACCUAAAUCAACAUUACGAUGUCACACUAUACUACAAGAAAAACCGACAAUAGUAAAAAGUCCUAUUGAGAACUUGCCCCAGGAAGAGGUUCCUGUACAAAGACGCACUCAGGAGUUACAAGCUAUUUCUAUCGUUAGCACAGGUGGAGUGGAAGAAGUUUUAGAAUUUACAUCUUCACGUUCUUUGAUGGAUCAGGCGAAAUUUAGAAAUACGAAUCCUUUUUUAUGUGAAGGCCUGGAUCUGCGUGCCAGUAGCGUUAAUGUAGAUCCAGGAACAAGUUGGGAAUCAUCAGUUGUACAGAAAACAGAAGAAAUAGUUACUGAAACUUGUGCUGUGGAAGAAAACAAAUCAGUUUUCCACACCAGUGUUGCGCAAUCUUAUGAGGAUGAACACUUGUCACAAAGUUGGGAACAUAAAAUUCAGGACGCAAGUCAUUUAACCAAUGAAGAAACGACAAAAACAGAGUUACAGUUACGUCAAAUAUCAUCUCCACUUGGUUUACAAUGGAUAGAAUUAGGACGGGAACUUGGUGUUCAAGAAGAACAAAUAUGGGAAAUACAAAAAGAAUGUCAAGAUGCUGAACCAGGGCAAAGAAGUUUCUGUAUGCUGAUGAUUUGGCAAGACAGAAAUAGAAACAAUCCAAAAGCAGAUGAAGAAUUGAAGGAAGCAUUGCAGAAAAUAGGACGUCAAGAUCUAGUGAAUCGCAUGGAAGAAAAUGCUGAUUUACCUUCUUAUGAAUCAAUUGUAGUUGAGAAACGAAUGCUACAUGACAAUUCAGUAUUUGGUGAACUUGCUGAUGAACUUGGAUCUCCUCAUUCAGCUCAUCCUCAUGUAAGUUCACCAUAUCCAUUCACUCCUGAUUCACAGCUACGGAACGGUCAUCAUACACCUGAAAAUGAGGAAAACAAAGUUGAAAGCAAGCAACCUGCACCUCUUUAUUCGGUACAAAGUGAUGAUGAAGAUGAUCCUAAUAAACCACAUUUUGUAUAUGUUCAAGAAGAUUUAUCAAGCCCGAGUAAACCAGAUGCUGAUGAUGUUUUUCAAAAUGAUGGAACAAAGUCGAGUCCUAUGAAUGAAAGUGAAGAAAAGGCAGAACUACAGAAAGAAAUUGAAGAAAAAUUAAAGCAAGCAAAAAUUCAAAAUGAUUACCCAGAGUCAAAUGAUGCGGUCAAUACUACUGAGAAUUACACAUUGACAACUGUAAAUGAAACCAAUGACAACGGUACUACAAAAGUUAAAACAACAACAAUUAUACGGACAAUGGUCAUUGAUGCUGAUGAUGACAAUAAUGUCGAAAUUCCUGAAGCAAUGGUCACGGUUAACAGUGAAGAUGGCAGAGUCAUUGAAGUAACAAGACAAGUAACCAAUCAAAUCGUACAAGAAAGCAACAGUAGUGAUCAGUCGUCUUCAAGUUCUGAAAACGAAUGAUUAUCUGAAGAAGGUUCGAGAUGAUACAAUAAAUGCUGAGAUGGAUUUCAUAACUAAGAAAAAAAUAGCCCUUAUCUCAACAUUGGGAUAACAUUUUCACAUAAAAAUACAAACAUUGGAAAGAUGAGCGCUUUUUAUUUCAUUUUGUUGUGAUAGUUUUUCUCUGUGAUAACAACUUUAUUGGACAAUAACAUGUUACUGCAAGGUUUGAUUUGUUGAGUCUUGGAUCCUUGCUGGUCAUGGUGAUAUGGAAUGGAAUUGUACAAUACGGAUGACAACGAUUGGCAAUUUUUAUUGAUUUUCAUAUUUGCUUUUUUUCUGCAAUUUUAAACUGCUGUUUCAUUUGCUAUAGUUUAUAAUACAACUUUGAAAAGAUGUAAAAUUUUAUUGCAAAAAUGCACGGUUCAAAAAAUAUUUCACAGAUAAAAUAUAAUGCUAAGAAAACUUUGCUGUAAUGAAACCAUGCUAUCUUGAAACAUAUAUCAUCUGACAUUACCAAUGAGUACAAUUCUUUAUUUAUUUAUUACAUUUUAUAAAAGUUUUCUCAAAGUACAAGCAAUUGAUUGAUAAUCAACAUUGAGAAAUUUUAAAAUUUUUUUAUAUAUGAUGGAAUUUGACGAGAUAAAACAGACAUUUUUUUGCCAUCAAAUGAUUGAAAAGCAUACAUGGAAUGGAGAAAUACUGUCAUCAGACGAGUCUUAACAGAACAAAUUGCACAAGGAGUAAAUACCUAAUAUGGAACUCUAAAUUUAUCAUAUCGUCUAAUGUCUGCCAUUAACUGAAAUGAUUUUUCUUUCAAAUAUAAUGUUCCUUUACCAAGCUAAGACAUAAAUGUGUUUUGUGGCGACUGAAAAACUCUAUCUGGUGUAGCUUGUGUUUAAGCUGAGAGAAAUCUCUUAUUAUUUUUGCGAUCUGACAUACUGUAACCCCCUUGCUAACUCGCAUAUUUAAGAUACAAUUUUGGUGUUUAUGUCACAAUGAAAAGCUGAAAAUAAUUUUGGAUUACCAUGACCUAUUUUGAUGGAUGUUUCUGAGCUUAUUUCGGUUUAAAAUGUAAGAUUUAUGUAAUGCUUACUAAACAACAUAUAUUCUAAAUUUUAUUUCAAGUGCAUAUUGUUUUUUAUUAGUGCAGUUGAUAUGGAAAUAUCAUACAUUUUGUUGAUAAUUAUUAGAUUCUGAAUUCAUUUUAUGAUUUUUUUUAAGAAUAAAUCAUGUUUGAUAUUGUUCAAAGCCAUGCAUGUAUGUAUUUAUCGAGCAUUAAUAUAUGUCCAAUAUGAGCAUAAGCAGUGCGAUUCAGUCACAAAAAAUGUUCCAAUAAUGUUAUGAAAAGUAAUUUCACUAAUUUAAAUACAAAUUCAUGAGAGAAUGUAUAAUUAGAGUUACUUGCAGUGCUAUGUUUGCGAGUUUGCACAAAAAUUGUCAUCAUCAACAUCAAAAAACGUACGAAAUCUUUCCUGACUGGAAAACUCUGCUCUAUGGAAUACUAUGUGGUGUAGCAUCUAGCAGUCGUAUUUAAAGUGGACAUUUAUUUUAAAAUUGGUGGUUUUAUGCUUCGCUGUGCAUUUCUUUUACCAAUCAUGUCAACAUUGUCGAGAUAAAUGCGUACUUGCUUAUUGUUUUAAACUUCUUUUAUUACAUGUUGUAAUUAUGAGGUUGCAAAUUGUUCUAAGUUGUAUUGCUAAUAGAAUCAUGCCUAGCAGA